AUGUGUUUGUGGGACCCCGAUUCCCAGAAGAGUGGCCGUUUCACAUUACACCGGGACGUGCUGACGGUGGCACUGUGGCGAGGGGCGAGGAGGGAGGGGGAGUUGACGCGGCAACGAGAAGUGACGUCAAUUAACGUAAUAAGGGAGACGACGCACUUGACGAAAAUGCGUAUCGACAUUGAAACUGCACGCAGCAAAUCGAUCUUCGUCGCGAACUCGCCGGUCGUCGACCCGCCCUUCGCCCGAGCAGACGAUUUGCAUAGUCGUUACAUCACGAGCUGCCGAUAUGACUCGGCCGGCCCCACUGCGCACGGGACAUGUCGGGUCGCGCCCAAACCAGUGGUUACGCCGAGGUCGACCUCCCACCAGCUCGCGGCGGUGCGGGCCAAUCUAGGGAAUGCGGCCCUCGAGGGGUCCGACCAAGUGCCCGUUCUUUCCCACAGGCCUCUCGCAACGACUGCAGAGAUCGCAAACGAUCGUUUGCCGCGCUCCGAGGCAUUU